AUGGCGCCCGGGGCACCUCCGGGAAGAAAAAACCCGGGAAGCUUCCUGAUGGGGGCUCGGCUCCUGGGGGGAGAUAUUCCCUUCCAAGGCGAAAUCUCCCUGGAGGGAGUGGUCCCCGGGGGGUCCCCACACAGGACCCAGAAAGGUGCCCCAACGGAUCUCCAAGGUCUAGGCCGCGGCGGCCGCUGGGCCGGGCUGCGGGUGGCCCACACGGCCACCAGAGGGCAGUGUACCAGGCCAGGGAGCAAACGAGGUGGGAGACCUAAGCCCAUCCUCCAAAGGUACCCGGGUCCCAGGCCCGGGACACCGCAGCUCAGCUCCGCCAUCAAAAGGACUUUCCCUCAUCCCCCGCUACAGGAGCGGCCGGGACACAGGACGCGGCCAGGAUCUCGCCGGAUACAGACACGGGAUCCCCCAGUCGAGUUAAAGACAGAAGAAUCGUGUUCACAACCAAUAACGACAAAGUACCAAAGUCACACGCUGGAACUCCCGGGGAGCGGAAAAGCAGAAGCGGGCUGUACCACCUUUCCCGUCCCCGGAAGCCGGUUCGGGAGAAAGAGAGCGGGAGCCGGAGCCCGGGAGGAGGAGCCUCUCCCGUCUGCACUGGCAGCGGACGGACAAGACUCCCUCACGAUGGAGAUUUUUAUUCCCCGUUCUCGUAAAAAACCAACAUUCAGAACAACAGAAAGGAGAUUGUUCAAUAGCAAACAAGGGGCUUUUCAAGGCUCGCACCCACCCCGGUGGACCCCUCGCCACAGCAGAGCCGCGACAGAGGUCAGUGGUUGGAGAGGACUCGGCUUUCCUCGUGCACGGGCUUGGCUUUGGAUCAAGUGAAGGAUCUAGCCGAGAGCCUCGGCGACGACCGGAACCCGGACUCCGCCCGGCCCUUACCUAACGGUAAGUUGGCUUCGUCUGCCACGGCUAUCCGUUCUAGAAGCAAGGGGAACAAGACUCGUUCAGAGAGGUUCGGCCCCGCUUCUCGGUCCUCUCCGUGGGGUGACGGGCCCGGACAGGACCAAGCAGCCCACCCCUCUCAGUCCUGUGGCUGGGGGGCGGUGGGCCGGGCCCCUAGACUGACAGUGGCCAGAGGACUGUGGGGCUGGGGGAGGUCUGUCUUAGCAGCUCCUGCUGGGGUAGACACCCGGGCCCAAUCUAGUCCGCUGCUGCUUGGGGUUCUGGGGCUCGCUCUCUGUUGCCUUAUUUGACCGCAGACUGACUUUCUAGGUGGUGCGCGGGGGGAUCUCUAGUCAUCCUCACUUGGUCUGCUCUUGGGGUUUUUUCCCCUCACUCGACAUGAGGAGGGGAGCGUCUAGGCCAGGGGUGAAAAACAAGCGCGACCCAAAGGGUGAGACCGAGCGAGAGAGAGUCACCAGGCCCUGGUAUUCCCUGGUUUAAACCGACCUUUCCAUCAAGCCAGCUACGAGCCCCGAAGCUGGCCCUCUGGCUCGUAAAAGACACGAGGGUCUGCGCCAGGUAGCCAGGUCCUUCCGCCUCGCCCUGCCCCGGCUGGGAGGAAGAGGAGGAGAGGCCUGAGGAACCGUGUUCAAGGUGACAGUUGUACGGUUUUCAAAAACACACACAAGUUUUAGUUUUUCCUUUUAUUUCUUUUCAAGUUUUGGUGUAGAAAUGUGCGGAUGCUAGUGCAACCUGUCCCCGUAAGUGCUUAGUCCAGCCACGAACAAAGUUUUGGUGGGUUCCAUUUGGUUAAAACAAACGGUGUCUCUCCUCAAGCCAAGAGCCGGGGAGCACGGCGGCCUA